AAGAAAUUCCGGAAAGUUCUGAUGUAGAAAAUGAACAAACUGAUCAAAAUCUGAAUUAUUCCGAAGAAUAUUUCAAUAUAUCAAAUAUGCUCUUUGAAGAAAAUGAGGUGUUAGACUUGACUAUAGUUGAGAAUAGUGCAGAAAGAAGAAUUCAAGCUUGCCAUUCACAAAAAAGAAACAAGAAUCAGUGGAAUCAAAUUACAAACCAUAUG